AUUAUUGUUUAUGUUAAUCAUUUAAAGCUAUCGGCAACCACAUAAAGAUGAUUGUGUUUUUAUAACCUUAUUAAAACACUUUCAGAAAAAAAUAACAGUUCUUUGUUAAAGUCUGAGCGUUUAUUUUAAUUUUGCUGUCUGCAGACAAGUUGCAGUGAAAGAGCCAGAGCAGAGAUUUUCGAGACGAUGAACUUAAAAUGAUAUAGACAGAUUCAACAUCUAGAGUGCUUUUUCUUACACACUCCAAAAAACAUGAGUCGCAUUGAUGCCAAGGUGGUCCUGCUUGGGAAAAACUAUGUGGGCAAAACAUGCCUUGUCAACAGAUACAUCCAUCAGAGGUUUAUGCCCUAUCAGAUUACCAUCGGCGCAGCCUUUGGUUCCAUGAAAGAGAUGGUAGACGGAAAGCCACUGGUUUUAGGAAUUUGGGACACGGCCGGUCACGAGGCGUAUGAAUCAAUAACGCGGAUGUACUACAGAGGGGCUGUGGCCUGUAUCCUGUGUUAUGACAUCACGGACAAGAGCAGCUUCGAGCGAGCUCGCUUCUGGGCUGGAGAGCUCACCAACACAGAACCUAAAUGCAAGAUAUAUUUGUGCGGAACAAAGAAAGACAUUGUGGAUGACGACCAACACAAACGUCAGGUGGAACUAUCCAUGGCACAGCCCUUGGCUAGAGACUUUGGCACAGAGUUGUUUGAAACUUCGAGUAAAACAGGAGAAAAUAUUGAUUCACUGUUUAAAACUAUAGCCAGAGAUGUUGUGCAACAAAGGACUUCCGAUACAAAGAAACAUGAAGAAAGAACAUCAAGAGACGGUUUUAUUCUUGACGAUAAGACAAGGCAGAGGGGUUGCAGAUUAGUAGCCUGUUCAUUGUCUUGACGAUAUAUAAGGACAGUCUGUACGGACAUAUAAAUGCAACUGUAAAACUGGCAUACAGUAGUGGUACAGCGCCAAUGGUCUGGAAGUUUCAAUGGAAACAGUCAGGGCCGAGGGGCUCAAAAUUAAAUGGCCAAUUAAUCUGAAAUCUGUAAACUUUUGGAUCAAGUUAUUAAUAUGUAAAAAAAAGGUGAAACUCAAACAAUGAUUACAUGUUUAUUAAAAUGUUACUUUUUUAAUGAUUUAUUUUAUCCCCCCCCCCCCUGGGACGUCUGUCUGUUGACAUGUAAUUUCAGGAUCCUUAAAAUGAAAGUUAUGCCUAUUUUUAACUUACACAUUACAUCAUGCCACUUAUAGGGACAUGCUGUUUUUAAGACGGGGGGGGGGGGGGGUUCCUUUCAAUAUUUUAUCACUCUUUUGGUCAUUGUCUAUGGAACAGCCAUGUAAAAUUACUGAAGCAUAAUUUAUUAAGGAUAUUUAUGUUUUUUACGAAAUCUAAUUUAAUGGUUUUCAUAAUUUUUGUACUUCUUAAAGAGUUAUUACUAAAUUGUUUUGGAUUGUACGUUUAUUAUCCCCACGCUUUUGAUAUUGUGGUUAUCUCCGCCGUCUGUCCGGUUGUCCGUCUGUCCAUCCGUCCUGGCCACUAUCUCCUCCUACACUAUUAGCACUAGAACCUUGAAACUUACACACAUGGUAGCUAUGAGCAUAUGUGUGACCCUGCACAAUUUGGAAUUUGAUCUGACCCCUGGGUCAAAAGUUAUGGGGGUUGGGGUGGGGCCGGGUCAGAGAUUUUAACUCAUUUUUUAGCUCACCUGUCACGAAGUGACAUAGUGAGCUUAUGUGACCGUGUGAUAUCCAGCAUCGUUGUGUGUGCGUGUGUGCAUGUUUGCGUCUGUCAACAAUUUGUUUGUGUAGACAGUAGAGGGCACAGUUUUCAUCCAAUCUUUAUGAAAUUUGGUCAGAAUGUUUAUCUUGAUGAAAUCUGGGUUGGGAUUGUAUUUGGGUCAUCUGGGGUCAAAAAAUAGGUAACUAGGUCACAUAAUAGGUAAAAUAACCUUGUUUAGACAAUAGAGGUCGCAGUUUUCAUCCAAUCUUUAUGAAAUUUGGUCAGAAUGUUUAUCUUGAUGAAAUCUGGGUUGGGAGCGUAUUUGGGUCAUCUGGGGUCAAAAACUAGGUCAUAAGGUCAAAAACUAGGUGAAAUAAUAGAAAAACCUUGUGUAGACAGUAGAGGGCACAGUUUUCAUCCAAAUUUUAUGAAAUUUGGUCAGAAUGUUUAUCAUGAUGAAAUAGGGGUUGGGAUUGUAUUUGGGUCAUCUGGGGUGAAAAACUAGGUCACUAGGUCAAAAACUAGGCCAAAUAGUUAAUAAAACCUUGUGUAGACAGUAGAGGUCACAGUUUUCAUCCAAUCUUUAUGAAAUUUGGUCAAAAUGUUUAUCUUGAUAAAAUCUGGGUUGGGAGUGUAUUUGGGUCAUCUGGGGUCAAAAACUAGGUCAAAAACUAGGUCAAAUAAUGGAAAAACCUUGUGUAGACAAUAGAGGUCGCAGUUUUCAUCCAAUCUGUAUGAAAUUUGGUCAGAAUGUUAAUCUUGAUGAAAUCUGGGUUGGGAUUGUAUUUGGGUCAUCUGAGGUCAAUAACUAGGUCACUAUGUCAAAUAAUAGAAAAACCGUAAACAAUUUGUUUGUGUAGACAGUAGAGGUCAUAGAUUUCAUCCAAUCUUUAUGAAAUUUGGUCAGAAUGUUUAUCUUGAUGAAAUCUGGGUUGGGAUUGUGUUUGGGUCAUCUGGGGUCAAAAACUAGGUCACUAGGUCAAAAACUAGGUCAUUAGGUCAAAUAAUAGAAAAACCUUGUAUAGACAAAAGGUGUCACAGUUUUCAUCCAAUCUUUAUGAAAUUUGGUCAGAAUGUUUAUCUUGAUGAAAUCUGGGUUGGGAUAGUAUUUGGGUCAUCUGGGGUCAAAAACUAGGUCACUAGGUCAAAUAAUAGAAAAACCUUGUGUAGACAAUAGAGGUCACAGUUUUCAUUCAAUCUUUUUAAAAUUUGAUCACAAUGUUUAUCUCGAUGAAAUCUGGGUUGGGAUUGUAUUUGGGCAACCUGGGGUCAAAAACUAGGUCACUAGGUCAAAUAAUUGAAAAACCUUGUGUAGACAAUAGAGGUCACAGUUUUCAUCUAAUCUAUAUGAAUUUUUAUCAGAAUGUUUAUCUUGAUAAAAUCUGGGUUGGGAUUGUGUUUGGUUAGUCAGGUGAGCAAUUUCGGGGCCAUCAUGUCCCUCUUGUUUAGGUUAUUUUACAUUAACUUCUUCAUUUCUACACCGAUUUACUUCAAAUUGAUACUGAACCUCUCUUAUGACAAUACGGUCAAUCUCAACUAUGCAUGGCCCCAUUACCAACCCUGGGGCACCCCGCCCACAUCGACCACACCCAUCCAAAAAUUGCCUUUUACUAUAAUUUCUUCCUUUCUACACAGAUUCACUUCUUAUUGAUACUGAACUUCUAUAAUGACAAUAUUACAAUACGUUCAAUGUCAAUUAUGCAUGGCCCCAUUACCAACCCUGGGGCGCCCCUGGGUCAAACAUGCAGCGUGGGGAUACGCAUUGGCCUCUGCCACGCCAUUUCUAGUUUGACUUAAUACUGCUCAUCAUUCAAUGUUUCCAUGUACCUUUGAUUGUGACUGAUUUUGUACUUUUCUUUUUUCUUUUAUUUUAAGUUUGAUUAUUUUGAUAGUUUGUUUUUGUUUCUGAUUCAUAAACGGAACAAAAGGGGUGAUACAAAAAAUGUUGUAAAAUCGAUCCUGCUGACAGUGACAAAUUAACUGUCUUAUUUUUAUAUAUUCAGUUGUUGUUUUUAGCUCACCUGAGCGAUAGCUCGGGGUGAGCUAUUGUGAUCACUCAGCGUCCGGCGUCCGUCCGUCCGUCUGUCUGUAAACAAUUUGUAAACAUCUCCUUCUACUAAACCAUUGAGCCAAUUUCAACUAAAUUUCAUGUGGAGCAUCCCUUGGUCAUGGGACAAAAGAAUUGUUAAAAAAAAUUUGAUCACAUAACCAAGAUGGCCGCCAUGACCAUAUAUGGUAAAAACCUUAAAAAAUCUUCUUGUCAGAAACCGCUCAUCAGAUUUUCAAAAAAUUUCACAGGGAUGACCUUUGAAGGCUUCCCUGAAAAAGUUGUUCAAAGAAAUUUGAUUCCUCAAAAAACAUGGCCGCAGGAGCUCGUUGAACUUUGCAUGUUUAUUCGUUUUUGCCUAUUUUGUGAAAACUUUCAAAAAUCUUCCACAUUGUUUGUCCGAUCCUUUCCAAAUUUGCACAGUGUCUUUAUAUCAAUGAGGACACAAACCCUACAAAAAAUGAGCAUUAUUGGUCUAUGAAGUACAGAAUUGCCUCCCCUUGAAUUGAGAAAAUGGUGUUUAUGCAAUAAAGUCCAAAUUUUUCAUCCAAUUCUUUCCAAACUAGUAAGGAUUUAGCAUGGUUCAAACAAGGGAAACAACUACGGUUUAUGCAUGUUCUUUUUAUUACAGAUUUGCCUUCCCUUUAAUUCAUUCAAAAUCUCAUUUUACAGCAGAGAUUCCGAAUCUGACCUGUAAAUGAGCCCCAUAUUUACUGCCAGUGCUAGGUUACCUUUUCCCAUUUGAUCAUUCUUAAGCAUUGGUCUUGUAAUGCUGCUACUGCUUCUGCUACUGCUACUGCUGCUACUACUACUACUACUACUACUACUACUACUACUACUACUACUACUACUACUACUACUACUACUACUACUACUACUACUACUACUAUAUCUACCACCACCACCACCACCACCACCACCACCACCACCACCACCACCACCACCACCACCACCACCACCACCACCACCACCACCACCACCACUUCUACUACUACUGCCACUACUACUACUACUUUUACCACUACUACUACUACUACUACUACUACUACUACCACUACUACUACUACUGCUACUACUACUACUACUAUUACUACUACUUCUACUACUACUACUACUACUACUACUACUACUUCUACUACUACUACUACUACUACUACUACUUCUGCUACUACUACUACUACUACUACUACUACUACUACGAUUACUACAACUACUAUCACCACUACUACUACUACUACUACUACUACUACUACUACUACUACUACUACUACUACUACUACACCACCACCACCACCACCACCACCACCACCAUUCACAGUGACAAAAAACGUAUUCACACAAUGGCUGCUACUACAAAUUAUAGCCCAUAUAGGGGGGCAUACAUGUUUUACAAACAGCCCUUGUUUCUAUGGGAUUUUAACCACAACUGUUCAUGUUUAUCUCCGACACAUAUUUUUAGGUCACCUGUCAUGAAGUGACACGGUGAGCUUAUGUGAUCGUGUGAUGUCCGGCGUCCGUUGUGCGUGCCUGCGUGUGUCCGUGCGUCCGUCCGUCAACAAUUUGUUUGUGUAGACAGUAGAGGUCACAGUUUGCAUCCAAUCUUGAUGAAAUUUGGUCAAAAUGUUUAUCUUGAUGAAAUCCGGUUUGGGAUUGUAUUUGGGUCAUCUGGGGUCAAAAACAAGGUCACUAGGUCAAAUAAUAGAACAACCUUCUGUAGACAAUAGAGGUCACAGUUUUCAUCCAAUCUUUAUGAAAUUUGGUCAGAAUGUUUAUCUUGAUGAAAUCUGGGUUGGGAUUUUAUUUGGGUCAUCUGGGGUCAAAAACUAGGUCACUAGGUCAAAUAAUAGAAAAACCUUGUGUAGACAUUAGAGAUCACAGUUUUCAUCCAACCUUUAUGAAAUUUGGUCAGAAUUCUUGAUGAAAUCUGGGUGGGACUGUAUUCGGGUCAUCUGGGGUAAAAAUCUAGGUCAAAUAAAUAGAAAAACCUUGUUUUGACAAUAGAGGUCACAGUUUUCAUCCAAUAUUUUUGAACUGUGGUCAGAAUGUUUAUCUUGAUGAAAUCUGGAUUGGGAUUGUAUUUGGGUCAUCUAGAGUCAGGAACUAGGUCACUAGGUCAAAUCAUAGAAAAACAUUGUGUAGACAAUAGAGGUCAUAGUUUUCAUCUGAUCUUAAUGAGUCAGGUGAGCGAUUCAGGGCCAUCAUGGCCCUCUUGUUUUGUGUAUACAAUUAUGCAUUUGUUCACCUAAAGAUUCGGCAAUGUUGCUUUUGUAAUUGUACAUUUAGAAUAAGUUUUGGUUGUAAAAUCUCCAAGAGGGAGAUUUUUUCUGUGUCUCCCACCUGUCCGUCAUUGUUGAUCAAUACAUGGUUGUAAAUGAUUGAUAAAAGAUAGUUCUGAAAAAAAUAACGAUGAGAAUUUCAAUGGUAACAGUAAAUAUUUGUACUUGAUGAAAUAAAAACAUGUUGUUUCUGUGAUGUACCACAAUUACUGUAAGUUUUCAGAAACAUUUAAAAAUAAUUGAUUUCUUUCUGUGUCUGAAAAGUUUGAUGCUUGCAAUUUUCAAAUAUCACUGAUUUCCAAAAAUGUCAAAAUCAGAUAUUUUGCAUUGAUAUUCAAAUAUAUCCUGUAUAUAAAGUCACUUGCUGAUGACAUCUGUUCUUUGUUAAAUACAAACUCAAUAAUGCAUUUCAUAUCAAUUUAUAUGUUUGAUUAUACAGAAAACUGUAUCAAGUAUCUAUGUUGACCACCAAGUUUUGACUUGAAUGAACAUCUUGUAUAGUAUAAAACAUUUACUACUGCCAUAAAAUAUGCCAAAUAUGAAUUAUAGAAUAUUUUAUAAUAAUUAAUCUGUAACAAUGUUUUCAAACAAUUCUAAACAAACACACUAUACCAUUUGAACCUGUUUGUCCAACUUAGAUUCUCAUAGAAAUAGAGUAACAGACACAUAUUUAAUUGGAUGAAAUAGGGGAGUAUGUCCGAAAAUAUAGCGUGUCUGAUAACUAAGAGAAAAUAUUGUUAAUGUAUUUGGGUCACUGUCAAUUAUUUGUUAUAGAUAUAAUUGUGAUCAAUUUAGUCAUUCCUUUCCGUGUUUGCAAAGUUUCUUCCUGGUUUAACAUAGAUCAAUUUAUUUAAGCAUGCUUAAUUGUUUAUGAUUGUGAAUUUUUUGUGACGCUUUUAAUUAAACAUUAUGAAUUGAAUAUUGAUAUGCCGUGGUAAUAUUUGCAUAAAAAGUUAUUCUUCGCAUCUGGACUCCUAUUUUUAGCCUAGUGAAUGUUUUAGUGAAUUUAAUAUGACAUUUUUGUGUUUCAUGACCAAUUGGAAACUUUUGAUUCUUAGGUCAUAUUAUAAGGUGUGUUAUUGAUGUUUGUUUCUGUAACCAGAUGUGAUUUCUUGCUCUGCUAUUAUCCAUGCAUAUCAUCUGUAUUCUUUUUAUCUCACUAAUUUUCAUGAACCUCGGACAGAACAUUCGUCAAAACUUUGAUUUGAUAUUAAAUAAUUAUGUCAUAAAGUGCUUUUAUAAUUUGAAAGUAUACGUUCUCAGAAUAGUAAAGUUUCUUAGGAUUGUUAAGGUUUGCGCCUGAGGACCCAUUGUCUUCUUGUUCUUGUUAUUUUUUUCUUGAUUUUUUUUGUCUAGUCUAUUAAUAUCUAAGCAUUAAAAAUUAUAUUUUGUUA